AUGCGUUUCACCAUCGCCGCUUUCUUUGCUCUCGCCUCCAUGGCAGUGGCCCAAAUCACGCCCAACAACGCCGGCGCUAAGAGCGUCGGUGCGGGCGACGGCUCGCAGUUCAUUACCGGCGGCUGCGUUGCCGACGCUGACUGCAGCUCGGGCUGCUGCGCGGAUGCUUCGGGCGUUGGCGUCUGCUCUGCAGAGGCAGCGCAGUUCCAGAACGGGAAGAAUGGAUGUGGAUUUGUGGACCCGAAUGCGGAUGCGACGAUUGCGGCGGCGCAGCAGCAGGUUGAGGAGCAGGGUUUCAGGAGGGUCGUCAGGAAGGAAUAG